AUGUUGGCCCUCAUAUUGACCAUUUCCAUAUGUAUAUUUCUUAAAGGAAGUACGUGCUCAUAUAUUAAUUUAGGCUCUGAGGGUAUCGUUUUCGGAGCACCAAAUUGUCCAGUAGAUAUUCCUUUAACAUGCACCAACUCGACACCUAUAGAUAAUUCAUGUUGUUUUGAAUCUCCAGGUGGAAUCCUAUUGCUGACUCAAUUUUGGGACUAUUAUCCUCCAAUCGGAGGAAACGAAUCGUUUACCUUGCACGGGUUGUGGCCAGACAACUGUGAUGGGACAUACGAACAAUUUUGUGAUGACAGCUUGAAUAUCCGCAGUGCUACUGACAUUGUAUUGAACCAAUUCGGUGACAAGGUUUUGUAUGGAAAGAUGUCCGAAUUUUGGAAGAACUUUAACGGUAACGAUGAAUCGUUAUGGAUUCACGAAUUCAACAAGCACGCUACAUGCGUGAAAACAAUCAGACCUACAUGCUACGACAAUCAACGCUACGUAAAGAACAAAAACGUAUAUGACUUCUACAAUAUAACCAUGAACCUCUACGAGAAAUUGCCCACCUUCCAGUUUUUAGCAGCUGAAGGAAUCGUGCCAUCAUUAACUCAAAAGUACUCCAAGAAGCAAAUUAACGAUGCAUUGACCAAGUACUUCGGGAAAGCUGUUUAUUUCAAGUGCAACAAAUAUAAGGCCUUACAAGAAGUGUGGUACUACCAUUAUUUGCAGGGUUCAUUGAAGGAGGAGAACUUUUCUCCUAUCGACACAAUUAUCAAUUCGAACUGUCCAGAAGAGAACAUUCAGUUUAUUCCUAAGAAUGGUUUUAAUCCUGGACCCCAGCCACCAAAGUCACCUCGUAAGGGUUAUCUUGAGUCCCCUGGGAAAAAAGGAUGUCUUAUCAGUAAUGGUUUAUGGUAUGAAGCGGGGACCUGUGCAACUUAUGCGAUCUCACAGCAAGAGUUUGGUGGUUACAAGAUUAGGUCAUCAAAGGGUUACUGUGGCAUGAACUCACAGGGUCAAUUCACUUGUAACAAACAAGUUGAUCCUACAAAGAACCAGUUUCAAUACAAUAAGGAUACACGAAAGAUCGGAUAUGGAGGGAACUUCGCAUGGUGUCUUGACACUGAACAUAAACACGGAGACGGCAAGACAGCCCAGACCCCAAUCAAAAUUAGCGAUGGCCAAUGUGACUCAUUCCCUGUUCAGUAUGGAGGUAAAUGA